AUGUCUUCCACUGAAUACACUUCAUGCCCAUAUGACUGGAUUGGAUACCAAGAAAACUGCUUCUAUUUUUCUGAAAACACAGCCACUUGGGCAUCAAGCCAGAACUUCUGUGUCUCGCAUGCAGCAACUCUGGCAGUAUUCAACACCACGAAAGAACUGGAAUUCCUGAAGCGAUAUUCAGAUAAUUUUCAAUAUUGGAUUGGACUGAGCAGAAAACAAGGAGAAGCUUGGAAAUGGGUAGAUGGAACCACAUUCAGUGAUUGGUUUAAUAUAAUUGGAUUUGGAGAAUGUGCCUAUCUACACAAAACUGGAAUUAGCAGUGCCAGUAGUCAUUUGGUUAGAAAAUGGAUUUGUACUAAACCAGACACAUACACACAAAGAAGUUAA